AUGUCAAAAAAGGCAUUGGCCAAGUUGUUUGGUUUAGAAUCACAACAAAGUGGUGGUUCUCCUUCAUUCAUGUCACAAACACUCUCCAAGGAUCGACAGUCAGUCUCCAACGAUAACGACGGCGGAGAUGGUGGACGGAUACCGGUAGAAGAGUGGCUGCCGAUCACAGAAUCAAGAAAAGGGAAUGUUUAUAUGGCGACGUUUCAUCUUCUCUGUUCAGAACUUGGUUUUCAAGUGCUUCUUCUCCUUGUUGUAUUCUUUAUUCUAGGCUAUGGGGAUUGGGGAGUGAUAGUUUUAACGGUUGGAUUUGCAUGGAAGCUUUACACGAUAUGGCUUCUUGUUAAUCUUCAUGAAGCAGUACACGGAACACAUUUCAGUAGAUACUUGAGACUCGCAAUUGCUUCAUUCGGUAUGAGGCUUGGGAAACUUUUCGGAAUAUUCCCUCUGAUGUAUCUCUCAGGAGGAGCUUGUUCAAUUCUAGUUAUAACCGGAGGGAAAACGAUAAAACAACUUCUACAUAUUAUGUCUGAAGAUGACACAGAGCCACUUACUACCUUGCAAUGCUUCUUGAUCUUCAGCAUCCUCGCAAUGGUCAUGUCUCAGUUUCCGAACAUGAACUCUCUUUUUGGACUCUCGUUGGUCGGUAGUGUUAUGGCCGUCGCAUAUUCCACUGCAGUAUGGACUUUACUUUUAGCUAGUGAAAGGAAUCAAAACAGUGUCUCUUACGCUACAAAGGAUACAAGCCAUUUUGACAGACCUCCUAAAUUAUUAUUUCUAUCAAAUCUAGUAGUGUAA